UUUAUCAAUUUUUAAGGGAAAAAAAUAUAUGAUUCCCUUUUAUCGAACCUUCGUGCUCAGUAGCUAGACACGAGGGCAUGAAAAUGUUGACGGUUAUCGCCGGAAGGUUCUCGCCGGUACUUCUGCCUCCGGGAAUUUCCAGUUCGAGAUUCUCAUCCUUCAACUCCGUCGCUCGGAGACGCACUCUCUUUGUUUCUAGAUCGAUUCGCGCUUCUUCCGCCGCUGUCUCCAUCGAGACGAAGCCCAAGGAGGAUCCCGUACCUGUAGCGGAGAAGGAGAAUAUAGGCGAGAAGAACGUUUUGGCCUGCCCCAUUUGUUUUAACUCCUUGGCACGGGUUAAUCAACCUAAUGGAAUUGAAAUUUGGCACAUCAGAGAAUCUACAUUGGGCACAUCGUUGCAAUGCGUUACAUGUAAGAAGAAUUACUCUGGUUGUGAGACACAUCUUGAUUUGACUGUGGCUGGUGAAACCAAGCAAUAUGGCGAACAAAUGCCUCUCUCCACCGAGUUAUUCAGGCUUCCUUUAGUCUCGUUCCUCUACGAGAGGGGUUGGCGGCAGAGUUUCAUAUGGGGAGGUUUUCCAGGACCAGAGAGAGAGUUUGAAAUGGCUAAGGACUACUUAAAGCCAGCUUUGGGAGGGAAAAUAAUCGACGCCAGUUGCGGCAGCGGGAUGUUUUCCAGAUUAUUCGCCAGAAGCGGAUUGUUCUCCCAAGUGAUUGCCCUGGAUUACUCAGAGAACAUGCUGCGACAGUGCUAUGAAUUCGUAAAUCAAGAAGAAAACUUCCCCAAAGAGAAGAUCGUUCUGGUUCGGGCAGACAUCUCUAGACUUCCCUUCCUCUCAGGUUCAGUGGACGCUGUGCACGCUGGUGCCGCUUUGCAUUGCUGGCCUUCACCUGCCUCAGCAGUUGCAGAAGUAAGCCGUGUUCUUCGGCCUGGAGGUGUGUUUGUUGCCACCACAUUCAUCAAUGAGCCUUUAAGUUUUAUCCCAUUCUCGAGGAAUAUUCGCCAGGGGGUGAUAAGGUAUUCGGGUUCUCACUUCUUUCUAAGCGAACGUGAGCUCGAAGACGUCUGCAGAGCCUGCGGACUCGUUGGGUUCAAUUGCGUGAGGAAUGGGCCCUUUAUAAUGCUCUCCGCUACAAAACCCAGAUAAGCUUUCACCCUUUAACCCAUAACAAAAAUGUUGAGAAAAAAUGUCAAGAUUACUAUACUACACGGUAAAUAAAUAAAUCAUUACAUUCUUAAAACGUAAAAAGGAAAAAAAAAAAAACUGAUCAAGCUCCAGACACAAUGAUCAACUACUUUAAUGUCUUGUUAUUUUAUUAAAUAUUACAAUGUCAUAAGAUUCUUUGACCAUACGUAUAAGAUCGAUCAUUACAUGUAACUAUAUGUAUAUAUCGAUAAAUAGUAAUGGUCAUCAAUUUAAGUUUUUGCAUUUUGCAA